AUGGGGAUUGUAAAUAUUCCGAACAAUGACUUCCAAGGAGACUCAGAAGCUGGCCCUGAAGAAGCUCAAAAUGCUGAUGAGCUGCCAACGUGUCUAAUGUGUGUGUGCCUGAGCGGAUCCGUUUACUGUGAGGAGGUGUCCCCAGACAUGACCGCCGUUCCAUCCCUGCCGAAGGAAACACUGUACCUUUACGCACGUUUCAACAAAAUCUCCAAAAUAAGAAACAGUGAUUUUGCUGACACAGCUACACUGAGGAGAAUUGACCUAACUGGUAAUCUCAUUGCUGAGAUUGAGGAUGGAGCUUUUUCCAAACUGCCCCAUCUUGAGGAGCUCACUCUUGCAGAAAACAGACUAACUAAACUCCCCUUGCUGCCCAUGAAGUUAGUAUCGUUUAAUGCCAAUUCCAACAGGCUGAAAUCCCAGGGUGUAAAGGCAGCUGCAUUUAAAGUGAGUUGGCAGAAACUCACCAGCCUGGCAUAUCUUUACCUUGGAAACAAUGAACUGGCAGAAGUGCCCCAACUUCCAGAGUCUCUUCAGGUUGUGCACCUGCAUAACAACAAGAUCUCAGCGAUAACAGAUGAGACUUUCUGCAAAGGUAACACCAGCCACUACAUCCGGCCCAACUUGGACCAGGUGAGGCUGGAUGGGAACCCCGUCAAGCUGUCACAGCACCCGAACAGCUUCAUCUGCCUGCAGACCCUCCCUAUUGGCUGGUACAACUAG